UUCCACUCCAUUUCUACUGCAACAACCUCAUUCUCUCUCUCUCUCUCUCUCUCUCUCUCUCUCUCUCUCUCUCUCUAUGGGUCCUUCUUAGCUUCUUUCGUACUUUGUAGUUUGUACAUCCAUACAGUUAGGAUUUCAGCACAAGGCUUGGGCGAUGGUGACCAAGUUCGUUGUCCGCAAAUGGAGCUUUGUGAUGAGGAAGAAGGAUGUUAGAGAUGAACGGCGUUCACAAUCUUGCACCUAACAAGUUCACCUUUCGGACCUUUUUGUGAAGAUUUUAUCCUUCUGGAGAUGAAUGAAGAAAACGAGAAUAUAAAACCAAAGACUGAUUUAGAACUCUUUCUGAAUUAUGCUAACCAGUGCGUUUGGAAAAAUUUGAAAAAUGAAUCAGGUGCAGGUGCAAAUGCAGCAGGUUCAAGAGUAGACAUGACAUAUGCUGCCACUGACCCUCUAUCUGAAAUAGUUUGGUCUCCAGAAAACGGUUUAUGUCUUAAAUGUGCCGAUUCAAGCUUUGCCGGUAAAAAUAGUUCUCUUUUUCAGGAUGUUGGACCGAGCAGUAUGGUUAUCACUCCACCACAAAUUGUAAACACUGAUAAGCCGGUUGAAGAUAUUUCUGUAAAACCUAUAGCUAUCAUAUGUACUGCCAAAGGUGAUAUUGCUGGAACAGAUACUCAUACUCCCACUAUGCAUCCAACAAGUGAUUCAGGUGUCAUGCCAAAGUGUAAAGCCUAUGAAGAAAGUGAUACAGGCUUGCCGAAUGAUAAAAACAAGAAUAUAGUGAAUCAUAAUGAGAACAAUGCUUGUGAUGAAGCCAACAUUGGAGCUGAUAAAUUAUCUGGGAUAGAGGGAAACAAAUUUUCUGCUAUUUCAGCAGGUCAGGUUGACCAAAGGCCAUUGGAUGGUUCAUUACCUCAAUCAGAUGCGGCAAAACCAAGCAUGGAGCGAAAUCCUUCGCCAAGCAGGUGUUCCCAUGGAGACACAGCUAAAGGCUCUGGUGUUCCAGGGACUAAUAUAGCAUCUUCCAGCAGAGGCCCUCUAGAAAAACUGGAAUCAACUGCGGAGAAUGAUUUAAGAACUCUCAGUGGUGCUGCUGCUUGUAAGGGGAUUAAAAGGAAAUCUCCAGAUGCCGAACUGAUGCGGCUACAUGAUAAGACUCUUGCAGUUUUGCAGUCUCCAUGUAAUAGCAAAAUUCAUAUGACAAUAAACAAGGGAAAAGAUAAGUCCUUAUCAGAUGGGGGAGAAAAUGUAAGAUUAUCAAUGGAGGAUGAGGACAGUCAUUCAAGCGUUGAAAGCUGCAACAGCGGUGGUUUUUUCACCAGUUGUAAGAAGAGAUGUCACUUUCAACAACAGUUAAUGAUUGGGAGUAAGAGAGUCAAAAAGCAAAUCCAAGAAACUUCUGGUUCUAAGUCCUACGCUAAACAGGAUAGCUCAUUCAUGAACUGGAUUUCAAACAUGGUGAAAGGAUUUUCGCAAUCAGUUCAAAAUGAAUCAAACAUUUUGGCACUCACCCUGGCAAAUCCAGAUCAUCAAAAUGUAGCACCUGAUGAGAGUCUUAUUGCAAUCAAUGCCAAUCAAGAUCCCAAGCCAAAAAAUACUGGAUUCAAAUCCAUUUUUCAGGCCAUAUAUUGUCCAACCUUGAAGAAUGAGGUAGGAAAAAGAAUGUCUCAAGUGGGUGAGGGUUGUGAAGAUUUAGAAACAGGCAACAUGAUGCAUGGAAUAGAAGCUACUCCAAUAACCUGUUGUGCAGAGAACAACAAGUCUGAAGCAUCCAGUGGGAGAGAUAAUGCCGGUCCAUCCUCACAGCCUACAGUUAAGCUUCUAAGUUAUUUUCACGGUCAUGAAAGCAUAAAAAAUGACACAAUGGAGAACAAAAAUUAUUCCAUCUUGGGCCUUAGCAAAGACAAAGAAGAAAUGGUGUCAGAUACAUCUGCAACAAGACACAACACCAAUAACACUGAUAAUGUGUAUUCUAAUCCUCUCUCUGAGAGAAAGGGAACAGAUAACAUCUUCAAUAGAAGUGAUGCUCUUCGAAGUCUGUGGAUAACUCGAUUUUCUCCGAAACUUCCAGCCCCCUUGACUACUUCUGAGAGAGGUGGAUCGCAAGUCCCAUCAACUAAUGUCUCAAAGCUUCCCAAUUCCGACAAACAUAUUUCUUAUUUAAACAACUGCAAGACUGAAGAGACAAGAGAACAUUCUCCUGAUAAUGCAGAGGCUCGGACUGCUUUUGAGGAAGAUAGUGAUCAUAAAUCAAAGCACCAGUUCAUCCCUUUUUCAUCUUCUUCAGGAUUCAGAAAUUCAGAACCAAUGGCUUCAAUGUUUGCAAAGAGAUUAGGUGCCAUCAAACAUAUCAUACCCACAAAAAGAACAGAUAGUACCACACAGGUACAUUUCUUUUGUCUGUUUUGUGGGACAAGAGGUCACCAACUUGCUGAUUGCUCAGAUAUUGCUGAAAGUGAUGUGGAAGAUUUGCAGAAGAAUGUAACUUCAUAUGGAGGAUAUUCACAUAGAGGAUUGGAAGAACCUCCUUGUUUGUGCUUUAAGUGUUUUCAGUCCAAUCACUGGGCAAUUUCAUGUCCCACUUCAAUUUCAAAAAGAAAACAUGUACCGGAAGUUAAAGCCUUGGUCAAUGAUAGUUUUCCUACUGGCAAGCAUGUUAGCUCCAGCAAUGAGGGCAGUGCCAGACUCCGACCUGGUGGAGAUGACCAAAUCUUUUCCAGCCGUCCUAUUGAUGCUGAAACUGUUCACCAAGGAGAAAGAAGUUUCAAUUUGAAGCUGAAAUUGAAUGAAAUUGUCCCCUCCAUGAUUGGAUUCUGUGCUUCACUCGAGAAAUACUGUAGUUCAAGUACAGAGGAAAACAAAUUCAAAGAAAAUCCUAUCAUCUCUCCACCCAGAUUGUCAAAAAGGCAGAUUUCAAACAUACCAAAAGGAAUCUCUGAGGCUGUUAGAAGCCUUCGAUUGUCCCGCACCGACAUCCUGAAGUGGAUAAGCGGUGACCGGGCGAUAUCAAAUCUUGAUGGAUUUUUCUUGCGGCUGCGGCUUGGGAAGUGGGAAGAAGGGCUAGGAGGAACUGGAUACCACGUGGCAUCUAUAAACGAGGGCCAUGAUCAGAGUUCUGAGCAGAAUACAAGAAAGUCUCUCUCAGUGAAUGUAGGAGGCAUCAAGUGUAUGGUUGAAAGUCAGUUCAUAUCCAAUCAUGAUUUUCUUGAGGAAGAAAUCAUGGAGUGGUGGUCCACCAAAUCAGAAGCUGAUACUGGGGUUCCAUCUAAAGAAGAUCUUAUACAAAAGAUUGAAAGAAAGAAACUGUUAGGCCUCUAGGCAUGAUAUAGUUAUUAGAACCACGCUGAGUAUUAUUAAGCUUCUCUUUUCUUCAUUUUCUUAUUCAAUUAACUGUAUAUCAAAAGGAAGUUUAAGUGUUGAAAUGUUGCUAAACUAUCAUUCUUCAUCUUAUACAAAGUAUAUCUCAAGAAAUGAAAUUAAUACAAAUAUAUAAUUUCUGUAUAGCCGGAAAGUGCAUCUGUUAGUUGUUCCUUGCAUGUAUGUGAUCAUGUGCCUUUUGUUGAACACAGGCAUGUGGCACCACUGAAUGUACUUAGUGAAAGGAUGG